GAGAGAGAAAAUAACAAGCAAACCAAACUAUCAUCAACAUUCACACCCUGUUCUUACUCAUAAUAUAGUGACACACAACUCACAACCCAAUCCUUCCUUUUUUUUCUCUCUCUCCCCCUCUCUCUCUCAAACCAUGUCUCCAAACCCAUUCAUUCCCUCUGUCAUCCUCCUUCUCUCCUCCCUCUUCUUCACCGGCAUGCCCGAUCUCGCCGCCGACCGGUCUGCCAUCUUAGCCAUCCGCUCAUCAGUCGGUGGCAGAUCCAUCUUAUGGAACAUCUCCCAGCCCUCCACUCCUUGCACUUGGCCCGGUGUCUUUUGUGACAACCGAACCAACCGGGUCGUUGAGCUUCAUUUCCCAGGUAUGGGCCUAUCGGGACUGCUCCCGGACAACACUCUUGGCAACUUAACUGAAUUAACUACUUUAAGUCUUCGUUAUAACGCCUUAUCCGGCCCGCUUCCGAAUGAUAUCUUUUCACUUGUUAAUCUGCGUAAUCUUUACUUACAAAAUAACCUUUUUACUGGUCCUAUUCCUGAUUCUUUUAAUCCUUUAGUUAACCUUGUAAGAGUUAAUUUCGCUAAUAACAAAUUUUCUGGGAAUAUCCCUAAUUCUAUUAAUAACUUGCCCCGUUUAGCUACAUUGUAUUUGGAAAACAAUGCGCUAAACGGGUCAAUCCCGGAUUUGUCCAAUCCCAGUAUUGUUCAGUUUAAUGUGUCAAAUAAUCAGUUAAGUGGACCAAUCCCGUCUAAGUUUUCUGGGUUCCCUGAUUCCGUGUUUUCCGGGAACUCGCUAUGUGGUAGUCCCCUGGAUCCUUGUGACGGUUCGGGAUCCGGGUCUGGUAAAUCGGAUGAGCUAUCUGGUGGAGCAAUUGCUGGAAUUGUGAUCGGAUCUGUACUGGGUCUAUUGUUGAUUCUGGUAAUUCUGUUCUUUUUCUGUUGUAAGGAGAGAAAACAAAAGGAGGCUGUGACUAGCAAGGAUAUAGGUCAACCUAAACAAGUAGGGAUUGAAAUACCCGAAAGAAAAGCGAGAUCGGUCGAAAACAGCGAUAGUUAUCCGUCGCUAAAUGCGGCAGUGGCUAGUGGUGGUGGGGGUGCAAAGGGGAAAAGUGGGGAGGUUAGUAAGAAGUUAGUGUUCUUUAAGAAAAACAAAGAAUUGGGAAAGUUUGAUUUGGAUGAUUUGUUGAGGGCUUCUGCGGAGGUUUUAGGAAAAGGGACAUUUGGUACAGCGUAUAAGGCGGUUUUAGAGGCCGGUUUCGCGGUUGCGGUUAAAAGAUUGAGAGAUGUAACAAUGAGUGAUACUGAAUUCAACGAAAAAAUUGAAGGUGUUGGUGCAAUGGAUCAUGAGAAUUUGGUUCCCUUAAGAGCUUAUUAUUGCAAUGGGGAAGAAAAGUUGCUUGUUUAUGAUUACAUGCCUAUGGGAAGCUUAUCUGCUCUUUUACAUGGAAACCGAGGUGCUGGUAGAACUCCAUUAAACUGGGAAACGCGGUCUGCCAUAGCCCUUGCAGCGGCCCGUGGAAUCACUUACUUACAUGCACGAGGCCCAAUGGUCUCCCAUGGCAACAUAAAAUCAUCAAACAUCUUACUAACCACAUCAUAUGAAUCUCGAGUCUCUGAUUUUGGUCUUGCCCAACUCGUGGGUCCCAAUGCGACACCAACCCGUGUAGAUGGCUAUCGUGCACCAGAAGUAACAGAUGUCCGUAAAGUUUCUCAAAAAGCAGACGUGUACAGUUUUGGAGUGUUAUUAUUAGAGCUUCUAACAGGUAAAGCACCAACACAUGCGUUAUUGAAUGAAGAAGGGGUUGAUCUCCCUCGAUGGGUUCAAUCUGUGGUUCGAGAAGAGUGGACUUCCGAGGUCUUUGAUCUCGAGCUACUUCGGUAUCAAAAUGUUGAAGAUGAUAUGGUUCAGUUAUUACAAUUGGCAAUAGAUUGUUGUGCUCAAUACCCCGAUAAGAGGCCGGCUAUGGUAGACGUGGUUAACCAGAUCGAGGAGCUUUGUGGCUCAAGUGUUUUGCAACAAAAUGAACCAAACCCUUUAAACGACAUUGUCAGCGACUCAUAAUUUUCUAUAUAAUGAUAUAUGAUUUCUUGGCUAAAUGAAUUUGUUGUUUUUAAAAAAAAAAAAAUUUUCUUUAUUGAAAAAGUUGAUUAUUACACAUUUUGAUAUUGUAGCUUGUUCAGUAAAACUGUAAUUUGUAUUAUGAAAUCUCAAUUCUUUGUUUUGUUUUAUUA